UACCCUGCGCCACAUCCGCAGCCUCCCUCUGCGUACAGGGCCGCACGACUCCGCUUUUUACAUCGUUAUUGCUGUACUAUUGUAUUUCGUUUUAAAUCCCUUUAAGUUAUUUGACCUAAUUCUGUAAACAAAAAUGUUUUGCUGCUGCAUUGUCGUGCUCCUCUUCACUGCCUGGUCUUCCGUGGAGUGCAAUCCCAGUCCAGUGUUGGGAGAUGUAGUCGUGGACAGAUACUUCAUCCCCAAAGUUUGUGUCAGAGAAGUAAAAGCCGGAGAUCAGAUUCGCUAUCAUUACAACGCCACGUUUGUCGAUGGAAAAGUAUUUGAUUCAAGCCACCAGCGAGGAGGCCCGACGGUCGCUACGAUUGGGGAGGGGCGGCUCAUCGCUGGAGUUGACAAAGGUCUGCAGGGCAUGUGUGUCAAUGAGCGCAGAAAAAUUACCGUCCCACCUCAGCUGGCCCACGGAAGCACCGGUGCAGGUGAUGUGAUUCCUCCAGACACCACGCUGGUGUUUGACAUCCAUCUGUUGGAUCUAUGGAACAAGGCUGAUCUGGUCGUCACUAAAAUAGUCACCACUCCCAAAGACUGCAAACGCUCUGUCAUGCGCACUGACUUUGUGCGUUACCAUUUCAACGGCACACUCCUCGAUGGCACCACAUUCGACUCCAGCUACACCAAGAAGCAGACCCAUGACUCCUUGGUGGGUGAGGGUUGGCUGAUCAAGGGCAUGGAUGAGGGCCUUCUGGGCAUGUGUGUCGGAGAGAUCAGAAAUAUCCUCAUCCCACCCUUCAAAGGCUACGGAGAAAAGGGAUCCGGUACAGAGAUUCCCUCCCAGGCGACUCUGGUGUUCGAUGUCCUGUUGGUGGACAUUCACAACCCGAAGGAUAACAUCACGGUGGAGAACCAGGUGGUGCCUGAGUCGUGCACACGCAAGUCUGUGGCUGGGGAUUACAUGCGCUACCAUUACAACGGCAGCUUCUUGAACGGCAUCACCUUCGACAGCAGCUACAAGAGGAACAGCACAUACAACACCUACAUUGGGAUGGGCUACAUAAUUUCAGGUAUGGACCAGGCCCUGCAGGGAGUCUGCACUGGGGAGAGGAGGAGGGUCAUCAUCCCUCCACACCUGGCGUAUGGAGAGAACGGAGCAGGUGAUGUCAUCCCCCCUUCAGCUGUGCUCGUCUUUGACGUCCACGUCAUUGAUUUCCACAACCCCAACGACACCGUGGGCAUUCAGAUCCUCCACAGACCCGAGGUGUGUAACGAGACUACCGCAGAGAACGACCUCGUCCAUUAUCACUACAACUGCACCCUGGUGGACGGCACACGCCUCUUCUCCUCACAUGACUAUGAGAACCAUCAGGAGGCAGUGCUGGGAUCAGACAAGGUGAUUGACGGGCUGGACCUGGGCUUGCGGGGCAUGUGUGCGGGAGAGAGGAGGGUGGUAACGGUGCCACCUCACCUGGGCCAUGGAGAAAAAGGAGCCUCUGGUGUACCGAGCAGUGCUGUGUUGGUGUUUGAACUUGAAAUGUUGAGCUUUGAGAAGGGCGUGCCACCAGGUUAUCUGUUUGUGUGGCUGGAGGAAAGCCCCGCCGACUUGUUUGAAGCCCUGGACACAAACAAGGAUGCAGAGGUUCCCCAGGAGGAGUUUGGGGAGUUCAUCAAGCUGCAGGUGGCAGAGGGCAAAGGUCGUAUUAAGCCUGGACUGACCAUAGAUCAAAUCAUCGUCGACAUGUUCAACAACCAGGACCGAAAUGAUGACGGAGUUAUCACAGCCAACGAACUCAAACUGAAGGUAGAUGAGGACAAAGAACGGGAAGAGGCGAGGCACGAGGAGUUGUGAUGAGGACGAAACGCCUUCAAAACCGAAACACCUUAAAAAAAAACAACACACACACACGAGAGACUUUCCCCACACAGCGUUGUUUAAUAUUUUCUAUACCGUGCUGGACAGUCUUAUGAAAUGACAAGAAAAUAGUGCAAAGAUAUUUUUUUUUUGUGUACUUCUGUGUUGUUUGAACGUUUGUGUUUAAAAGUUGUAUUUCAGAAAACCAAACAAGCACCUUCAUUUGUCCCUGAAAGUCAUAUGAAUUGAAAUGUUUGUAAGAAAAAUAAAAUGUUUUCUACCA